ACCUCUUCAUUCAAUCCACUCACAUCUCUCUAGCAUUCCUAAUCUCAAUUCUCAAUUUUCCGAUCCAUUCUACUUCAUUUUUAUUCACUCCGAUCAGUCUAAGCUUUCUUCAUCAACCACAGUUUUGAAUUUGGUCGAUUCUCAGCGGAGCAUCGAUCGAUUCGCCGUCGAAUCUUCAUACUGUGCAAUGGUUUCAGUUGGUUGAUUUCAAGAUGAAGUUCAAAAGGAGGGCUGUAGAAGUGCCUCCAAAAAUUAAAUCCUUCAUCAAUGGUGUUAUAACUACUCCACUUGAGAAUAUAAAGGAACCGCUUAAAGGUUUUGUUUGGGAGUUUGAUAAGGGAGAUUUUCAUCACUGGGUUGAUCUUUUCAAUCACUUCGAUACAUUUUUUGAGAAGCACAUAAAAACAGGGAAGGAUUUGCAGUUUGAGGAUAACUUUUUGGAAUCUGAUCCUCCUUUCCCAAGAGAGGCUGUUCUUCAGAUGCUCCGUGUUGUAAGGAUAAUUUUGGAGAACUGUACAAAUAAGCAUUUCUAUAGUUCUUAUGAGCAUCAUCUUUCAUCUCUGCUUGCUUCCAUCGAUGCGGAUGUGGUUGAGGCUUGCCUGCAAACUUUGGCAGCUUUCUCGAAGAAAACAAUUGGAAAGUAUGUCAUAAGCAAGGUUUUAAAAAGCGUUUUGAAUUCGGUCGAUUCUCAGCGGAGCAUCGAUCGAUUCGCCGUCGAAUCUUCAUACUGUGCAAUGGUUUCAGUUGGUUGA